CUUCAAGAUUUAGUUUUUCAAGAGAUUUUGAAGACACUAUUUCCCGUCUUUGUGAUUUUGUUACUUCGUUUUUGCUUUUGUGGGUUUUACAUGAUAUGGAUUCUCUCUCUCUCAUGAGAGACGAUGAUUCUCAAGCAAAUACCCAAUAUAUUGGUGGUGAAGAACCGUCGAUUUUGACUUCGAAUUUCUUCUUGGAUCAUGUUGGAGAGGUUUCUCUUACCCUUAAACCAGACGGGUUAUCAUGGAAAUUAAUGGAAUCCCUUUGCAAUGACCAGGCAGAUGGGUCAACUUGUUUAGGAAUACAAAUUGUCUCCAAAAGUGAUACCUCAAUCAACAUUUCAGAUGUGUACACUGUUGAAUUUAUAGAUUGGGGGUUGGUACAUGAAACCCUUCUCACAAACCCUGGAUUGUUAUUGGGUCAUUCAUCUGAGAUGUAUCGUUUCACGGUGCAUGGUGUCGAGAGGUCCAAGUCUCAGCCUUCUCUUUGGGCUCCAACUGUGUACACUUUUGGUCAUGUGGAUAAGCAAACAUGUCUAAUGUGGGUGAACAGGAUGAAAACUUUUCUAAGCAUGGAAACCGACCGGCCUAAGAAUCUUCUGGUUUACGUUCAUCCGGGAAGUGGAAAAGGAAAUGGUUGUCGAACUUGGGAAAGUUUAGCUCCUAUCUUUUCACAAGCCAAAGUGAAAACAAAGGUUAUUGUUACAGAAAGGGCUGGGCAUGCUUUUGAGGCUGUGACUUCUAUGACAAACAGGGAGCUUAAUUUGUAUGACGGAGUUGUAGCUGUCGGUGGUGAUGGAUUUUUUAACGAGAUUCUUAACGGAAUUCUCUUGUCAAGACAUAGAGCUCCUUAUCCACCUCCCCCUCCAGAUGAUGAUCAAACUGUUGAAACAGAAAGUAACGUAUUGCUUCAUGAUCCAACUGUAACUGUUGUGGAGCCUUCGGUUUCUGGUGAGGAUGAGUCUGCUCUUCUCUUAAGGCCGCCACUCGAUCAAUCACAAGCCAUAGAUCUCAGCAUCGGAAGUAAUUCUUCCAACAAAGAUCAAGAUUCUGAAAUAUCUUUCCCAAAUGAGCGAUUUCGAUUUGGACUGAUUCCUUCUGGUUCCACUGAUGCUAUUGUAAUAUGCACAACUGGAGUUCGGGAUCCUAUGACGUCAGCGCUUCAAAUUAUCUUGGGUAAAAGGGUAUCUCUUGAUAUAGCUCAAGUCGUGAGAUGGGAAAAGUCAAGCAAGUCCAAGAACAAGCCUCUUGUACGCUAUGCAGCUUCCUUUGCUGGUUAUGGAUUUUAUGGAGAUGUGAUUACAGAGAGCGAGAAAUAUCGCUGGAUGGGGCCAAAGCGAUAUGAUUAUGCAGGGACAAAGGUGUUCCUCAGGCACAGGUCAUAUGAGGCCAAAGUAGCAUAUAUGAAAGUUGAAUCAGAAAAACCGAAUGUGGGUGCCAAUGCAAGAAGGAUAAAGACUUUUUGGGGCUUAUCUAAAAAGUCGGAAAGACUGCCUUGUCGUGCUAAAUGUGAUAUUUGUAACACUAGUUCAGCCAUCCCACAAAUAGAAACACCAGACCCGCAUCAAGAAUCAAAUUGGGUGAGAGUUAAAGGACGGUUUCUUAGCAUUGGGGCUGCUGUAAUCUCUUGUCGAAAUGAAAGAGCACCCGAUGGUUUGGUUGCUGAUGCACACCUUUCAGAUGGGUUUUUGCAUCUUGUUUUGAUCAAAGAUUGCUCUCAUGCUUUCUAUCUAUGGCAUCUCACCCAGUUAGCAAGAAAGGGUGGAACCCCUCUGAAUUUUGAUUUCGUUGAACACCAUAAAACUACAACUUUCACAUUCACUUCUUCUGGGGAGGAGAGCGUGUGGAAUGUGGAUGGCGAGAUCCUUAAAGCACAAAAACUCUCUGCACAAGUCUUUCGUGGCCUUAUUAGUUUGUUUGCUUCUGGCCCUGAAACGUAGAUUGGUCGGAUGAGAAAUUGACACUUCUACCCCUGCUGUAUCUAUACCCUUAUCUUUCUCCUUCUUAUGAUGCUUCACGUGUAUUUCUUUGUAAAUCAUUAUUAAUGUAAAUACAGGAACAAGCACCAUUACCUGUUGCA